GUUGGCUUCUUCCGUAUUAUUGGUGAGCGACUUGGGAGUGUCAAAUAUUUCCCUUGUCUGUCUCAGGUCCCGAGCCUCUCAAUAGACAUUUUAUAGAUCUAGAAUAUGCCCUGUUUUUAAUAUCAUUUUGCUCAGAUAAGAAGCCAGUGAUUGAUCAUGGCAUCUUCAGCAGAAGAACCUGUGGAUUUAAGAGAUGCGCCAUCGUUACCACUAUCCUUAAUUACCAACACUGUUCAAUCUAAAUCAACUUCACAGAGAAGCGUCCCUAACAUCUAUACUCCUUUGUUACCUACAACUAAGCUUUCUACAUGUCAGCCUCCAUUACUGUCUGACUCCUCAUUAGGAAACACAUUUCAAAUCUCUCAGAAUGGUGUGUCCAAAAGCCUAAAGAAACAAACUGGAAAAUUAAAUCUCGAUCUGCAGCAACAGAAUUCAAGGGGACAACGGUCACUUGUGAGACCUUUUUUCUGCUGUGGUAGUGAGCUUUCUCUAGUCAGUCUUGUAGAUGGACUAGAGCUGACAGAUUCAUCAUCUAAAGACAAAAAAUUGACUAGCAUUGAAUGUAAUUCCUCAUCAGAUGAGGAGGACUCCUCUUUAAGUAGCAGUUCUACAAGCAGUCCAGAAAAUAUAAAGGCAGGACUUAACUCUGUGCUUCCAGUUGAGAGUCAUCAUCCAGUGGUUAGGAGAAAGAAGAAAGAUAAACACAAUUUGAAAAAGAAGUUUUGGAAUUUGCGCCUUCAGGGCAGAUGGAAUCCUCGCUGGAGAGUCACACAACCUCAGCGUGCAUCAGCAUAUAGGUGUGACCUCUCGCAUCAUGGAGGCUAUCAAUUGGCAGGGUCUCCCGGUUCAGGAAGAAAAUCUCCUCGUGCUAGACCUCUCUCAGUGGCUAGCCAACUUAUAGAUUUAUCUUUUGUACAAGACUUUGACAAGCUUUACCCUACAGAAGACAUUGAUACCAUACGAAAAAGAGAGCGAGCUAAGGAAAUGGAAUCCGGUGUUGAAGUUGAUGCAAAUGCAAUCUCUCAAGAUGUGCGGCCAAAUUUAGAAUUACCUCAACCAGUUUUAAAUUUACUUCGUCGUCGCAGUCGCCUAGGAUCAGGCGGUUCAGAUUUAACUUUACCAUCUCCUGGAUCGCCUAUUGAAGAUUAUUCUUUAUUGAUGACCAAUGUCAUGUGGCAGUUGCAAGGCCAGAGUGAUGUACCACGUGUCCACACACAAGUGGAUUUCAUACACUGCUUAGUCCCAAAGCUAGUCAACAUCUUAGCAUGUCCCUUUUACUGGGGUGUCAUGGAUCGUUAUGAGGCAGAAAGACUGUUAGACAACAAACCCGAGGGCACUUUUCUCUUGAGAGAUAGUGCGCAAGAAGACUUUCUAUUUUCCGUCAGCUUCCGACGCUAUCACCGAUCACUGCAUGCCAGGGUCGAACAGUGGAACCAUCGGUUCAGUUUUGAUGCUCAUGACCCGGCUGUUUUUUCUGCACCCUCUGUAUGUGAGCUAAUGGAGCAUUACAAAGACCCAUGUUGUUGCAUGUUCUUUGAACCCAUGCUGACCCGUCCUCUUCCUAGAAACUUUCCAUUUUCGCUGCAACAUAUUUGCCGUGCUGCUAUAUGUGACCGGGUAGUUUAUGACAACAUCAGAGUCUUACCACUACCUAACAGCUUGAAGCAAUUCUUACAGGUUUAUCAUUACAAGCAGAAAGUUCGAGUUAGAGUGUUUGAUGGGCCGCAGAGAAACAGUCCUAAUGGAACCUUAGCCUUAAAAGCGUUGUGAAGUGGGUUUUUUUUUUCAACCAAGAUAUAUAUAUAUAUAUAUAUAUAUAUAUAUAUAUAUAUAUAUAUAUAUAUAUAUAUAUAUAUAUAUUUCACAGAUUUAUGUACAUGUUUGUAACUAUUAUAUAAUAUUUAAAUAAUCAUAAGUAAAUUGGACAUAAAGCAUCAUUCUGUGUUUCUAGUCAAACAAAUAUGAUGAUGUAUCAGGCUACCACACCACCACAUCAUAAGUUACAAGUCCAGCAAGUGUAGCUAUGAGAAUGGUAAUCUUUGUUAAUAUUUCAAUUACAUUUUAUCACUGACCAAUUUGGCAUUUAACAAUGUUGAAUUAAAGAUAUAUAUGUGUAUAUAUAUAUAAUUGUAUAUUUAUUAAUUUUGAUGAGUUGUUUUUUUUCUUACAUUGUAAUUGUUGUUACUAUUUGACUUCAAAUUUUUCUUUGUUAUUGAAAGUGUGUAAAAUACUUCUUUAGACUUAUAUACCGGUACUAUUAUUACAUUGUAAAUAAUACUUUUACUUAAAUCUAUUUUGAACUUUACCAUGCAGUGGAGUUUUUUUAUGUUUCAGUGUUUGGACUUAAGAGUUGUUUUUUUUUAGUGUAGACUGCAUUGAUAUAGAGAACAUUCUGGUGACAUCUUUUUAUGCACAUUUUAUAGUAUGACGAUGAACACAGCCUAUUACUUUGAUCUUUAAUCAGAUGAAAAAUACAUUCAAUCUAGUAAAAGUAUUUAAACAGUACCAAUAUCAUUAUUACAUUCUAUGUCUAAUGUCGUUGUUUUAUGUUUCUGUAUAGAAUAUACAAAAGUAUGUAUUUCAUCCAUUUCCUCUGAAUGUUUCUUUAUUUCAUCAUAAAACAACCUACCUUCAGAACUGCAUUUGAUUGCUUUUAAAAUGGAUGAGAAUAGCUUGAUCGACUGUGAUGUAUUGGGUUCAGAAAUAAAUGUCUAGUCAUAUUCAUCACACACAAAAGGGAAGUCAAGAAAACUAGAUCCUGUUGUAAUUCUGUAAAUACUUGAAUUUUUUAAAACUUUGACUUAUCCAUAGCUUAUGUACAUGUUGUUUUUUUUUAUUCUGAGAGGUUAUGGAAUAAUUUGAAAGAGGAACAAAUGUCUAUAAUUAUAUUGGUACAAUUUGGGGUUUAAUAAAAAAAGGAGCUUUAAAAAAUAAAAAGCCUAUCUUAUAGUUACCUAUGUGUCUGCUAAUUUCCUCUUUCUUGUGAAGAAUUUAACCAAAAAAAGAAACAAUUUGAUUGGUGAAACUAAUUUGCGUUCAUUAUUAUGAAAUCAAGCCCCUUCUGAAAGAUUAGUGCAUAACAAAUUUUCGUUUCAUUAUUCUUUUUAUUUACAGAACCCAUGUCCCUUCACAGAUCAGUAGCCAUACCUAACAAUGAUGACCGUACUUAGACAUACACAUUGUUCAGUUUUAUAGUUUCUAUUUAAAGUAUAUAUAUAUACAACAUAACUAAUGUGAGCGCAAUUAAAGUUUUAAUCUCUAACAUGAUUAUGGUUAAUAAUUAAUUUGAAAUUUUGUAUGUGUAAUUGCAGCUUAACUAAAAUUUUACCUUUGGUUUCAAUGAUCGGCACCUUUACUUGCUUUAUUCUUUUGAGAUUAAAUUAGGCGAUCAUCCAAUCACAAUUUCUGGGAACUGUCGUUGGAAAAUAUAUUUUUUCAUUUGGUGUCGGGGUAAAUAAGUAGUUGUGUAAGAUAUCUCAACACAAUAUAAUUGAAGUUCAUAUCUGUGAAAAUAUUGUUCUGGUUUGAUUUUUCUUUAAUAGCAAACUUUAAAAGUGUAUUCGUUGUGGUCAGUAUCAAUCCAAGACAGUUGGUGACAUCUUUAAAGCUCACACCAUCAUUUUUUCUUCUAGCCUACAUUUUGCUGGUGAGCUGUCUACUUUAGGCUCUUUUUGCAGUCUGUUCCGAGGAAAAUAGCAUGCUGUUGUUGUUUUUUUUCAGCACUGCCAUACAGAGUGUUGGUUAUGUUAGGCAAUAGUGUAUUCUAUCUAAGAGGAUAUGAUUUACAGUUUCUUAAUGGUGGACGCUGUGUCUACAUAGGGCUGGGUGUGUGGGAUUUUUUCUGUUAAGGUGUGUGUCCUGUUCUUAGUUGUAAGAUUAGGCCAUGCCCCACAGCAAGUCAUUAAAGUCAACAGAAAACAAAGAACUUGAGGAGACCUUGUUAGUAUUACUUAUUGCAUUUAUCACUAAGAGAGUUCUUAUUCUUCAAAUGUUUUGGUGUGGACAAAAUGAUAUAAACAUUGAUAGGUUUAACAAUUGGAGUGAAAGGGACAGCCAUGUCUAUUUUUAAAGCCGAUAAGUUGUCAAUGCAUUGCUGAGACUGCACAUUUGAACUACAGUACUGUAAUAUUUUAUGGUGUAGUCUUUUUUUUUUUAUAAUGAAACACUUAACCAGAAGUUUUGUUUUAGCUCAUAUAAAAAAUCCAGUAAAACAGAAGUCAUUAAAUAGCAAAAAACUAAAGCAAAAAGUCCUAUCAUCAUUCUCCUUUAAAAAAGGUGUGAUAAUAAUUUUAUGCAGAGCAUGAAGACCUAUCUUGUAACAUUGUUGAAAUAGUUCAGUUUUCAUGUUGUAUUUGUAGUGUUAUAAAUAACAAUUUUCCUUGCGGCCAUCCUAGCACUUAGUUUAUUUUAUUUUUUUAUUAUUUGUAUUGUCUAGGAAAUAAGGAUAAUGCUUCAUUCAAGCCAUCCCUGUAAUUUUGUAAAUUAUUAAUAUUACAUUAUCUGAUUCGUUCCAUUGUUUUUCCAUAAAAGAAAUUAAUUUUAUUUUCAAGCAUAGCUUCACCAUAAUUAUUGAACUGAAUGUUAUAUUCAUUUCAUGCAAAAAAAGAAACACCUAACAUGAAUUUCUUUGUGUGUUAGAUAUCAUCUGGGUGUUCUCUGCUUAAAAAGAUAAAAUUGCAAGAAAAAUUUUGUUGAAUUUCAAAGUACCCCUUUCAGACUUUGUGUUCCAUGCAGCAGAUUGUGUAACGUUCAUCUGUAAGGGAAGUUAGCCAUUGUGCUGUCUGCAUGACACUCUCAAUAACCAUUAGCUUUUAAUGUUUACAUCAUCUAGCAUGUUAUCUUUAAAUAUUUUUUUUUUUCGCAUUUUACUCAUGACAAAAAACAAAGUGCAAGAGGAAUAGAUCAACUAAUCUUUGAAGUUAUUUUUGUUUUACUUUUCUUUUGAGUAUAACAUUAUUUUUAAAACAGACUUUGUAUUUUUUUUUUAUUAUCUAGUAGGUUUACAUUAAACUUUCAGUAUCUUCAGAACAUUAUAUUGUCUGACCACUGGGCUUGAUAAAUAUUUGAUUACUUGUAUUACAAAGUAUUUAAAGUUUUGUAUUAGAAUCUCAUUAGCUAUAAACAAUCAUUAUAUUGAACAGUUGUUCUACAUGUACUCAUUCUGUUAAACAUACAAGCCAUUGUAAGAAAAGGAUGCAUUGUGAUGCUUUUGAUGACAAGUUAUUUAAUCUAGAGUUGUCUACAUAUGAAGUUGAUAUAUGAAACUUUAUUAAUGCCAUUUAUAAAUAAAUACAAUUUAAAUAUA